GUCCUGACAUGAAUGUUUCUCCUUUUUCAGGUAAUGAAUUGUACAGCCAAGCAAGUCACGCUGCAAACAGCACAAGCCUGGGACAUGGGAAGAACUCCACCCAUCACAACGAGUUUGACACCAUCAUCCUGCCGGUGCUUUACCUAGUUAUAUUUGUGGCAAGCAUCCUGCUGAACGGUCUGGCUGUGUGGAUCUUCUUCCACAUUCGGAAUAAAACCAGCUUCAUAUUUUAUCUCAAAAAUAUAGUAGUAGCUGACCUCAUAAUGACCCUGACAUUCCCGUUCCGAAUAGUCCGUGAUGCAGGAUUCGGACCUUGGUACUUUGAGUAUAUCCUCUGCAGAUACACCUCAGUUUUGUUCUAUGCAAACAUGUAUACAUCCAUCGUGUUUCUUGGGCUGAUCAGUGUUGAUCGCUAUCUGAAGGUGGUAAAGCCUUUUGGUGACUCUCGCAUGUAUAGCAUAACCUUCACCAAAGUCUUAUCGAUUUGUGUCUGGGUGAUCAUGGCUGUUCUGUCCUUGCCAAACAUCAUACUGACUAACGGCCAACCAACUAAGGAAAACAUUCAUGACUGCAUGAAGCUUAAAAGUCCGUUGGGAGCCAAGUGGGAUAUGGCUGUCACCUACGUGGACAGCUGUCUGUUUGUCGCUGUGCUGGUGAUUCUGAUCGGAUGCUACAUAGCCAUCUCCAGAUACAUCCACAAAUCCAGCAGGCAAUUCAUAAGUCAAUCGAGCCGGAAGCGGAAGCAUAACCAGAGCAUCCGCGUGGUCGUGGCUGUGUUUUUUACCUGCUUCCUCCCGUAUCACUUGUGCAGAAUCCCCUUCACUUUCAGUCACUUAGACAGGCUCCUAGAUGACUCAGCACACAAAAUUCUCCACUACUGCAAGGAAAUGACACUUUUCUUGUCUGCCUGCAACGUGUGCCUGGAUCCGAUAAUUUAUUUUUUCAUGUGUAAGUCAUUUUCAAGAAGGUUAUUCAAGAAAUCAAACAUAAGAACCAGGAGCGAAAGCAUCAGGUCGCUGCAAAGCGUCCGAAGAUCAGAAGUGCGUAUCUACUAUGACUACACCGAUGUGUAGGGACUAGAGGCCGGGGGCCUUUUCCUGUUGGAAUCAGUAUGUACAAGUGUAAAUAAAUGUCUCUUUGUAUUAUUCUGG